AUGGAGAUUUCGACUCCUAACUCUUCCAAGCCGCUGUCCAUUACACCACGGUCUAGGGUUUUGAGAAGCCCGCUCUCCGAUGAUCAGAUCUGGAAACGCUUGAGGGACGCGGGUUUUGACGAAGAAUCGAUUAAACACAAAGACAAGUCUGCACUUGUAGCUUACAUCGCUAAGCUUGAAGCCGAGAUUUAUGAUCAUCAGCAUCACAUGGGCCUUCUCAUAUUGGAGAGAAAGGAAUUGGCUUCCAAGUAUGAACACACUAAAACCUUGAUUGAAUCAUCUGAGUUAAUGCAUACCCAUGAUUCAUCCAUGAAUAAAUCUGCAUUAGCUGAAUCAAGAAAACGGGAAGAAUCUUUGAAGAAGACAAUAGGCGUGAAAGAUGCAUGCAUAGGAAGUCUUGAGAAGGCCUUGCAUGAGAUGCGUACUGAAUGUGCUGAAACAAAGGUUGCAGCUGAGAGUAAAUUAGCUGAAGCACACCAAUUGAUAGAAGAAGCUCAAAAAAAGUUUACGGACGCUGAAGCCAAAGUGUGUGCUGUAGAAUCUUUGCAAGCAGAUGCUACUCGAUAUAACAAUGUUGCAGAAAGGAAGCUUCGUGAUGUUGAAGCACGGGAAGAUAACCUCAGGCGGCAAAUUAUAUCUUUCAAGUCAGAUUGUGAUGAAAAAGAUAAGGAGCUGAAUCUUGAGAGGCAGUCCCUCUCUGAAAGGCAGAAGGUUUUGCAAGAAGAACAUGAAAGGUUACUUCAAUCGCAGUCCUUGCUCAACCAGAGAGAGGGUCAUCUUUUUAGUAGAUCUCAGGAACUAAAUCGUCUUCAAAAAGAGUUGGAGGACACGAAGUUUAAAACUGAAAAGGAACAUGAGGCCCUCCAUGAGAAGAAAACCAGCCUAAAACUACUGGAGGCCACUCUUAUACAACGAGAAGAGGCACUCACCAAACGGAAAACCGAGCUUGACAAGAAAGAGAAAGAGUUGCUCGAAUUUGAAGUGAAACUUUCUAAUAGAGAAUCUGAUGAAACUCAGAAGGUUAUGGCAGAUCAGGAAGCCACAUUGAGAACAAGAAAACAUGAUUUGGAAGUUGAGCUACAAAUGCAGCGCAAAUCGGUUGAAUAUGAAAUUGAGACAAAGAGACGGGCUUGGGAAUUAAAGGAGGUUGAUCUUAAACAACGGGAGGACCAAAUCCUUGAAAGGGAACAUGAGUUGGAAGUCCUGUCCAGAUCACUGACCGAAAAGGAGAAAGACCUAGUGGAACUGUCAACUUCUCUUAAAGAUAAAGAUCAAAGCCUUAGAUCUGCUGAGAAGGAGUUUGAAUUAAACAAAACUAUUUUGCAAAAGGAGAAAGAUGAUAUUAAACAAGCUAAGCAAGAUCUGCAGGAGUCUUUGACAUCUUUGGAAAAUGAAAAGAAACGAGUUGAUGACACAAAGAAGAGAUUGGAGGUCAUCCAAAGUGAAACAGGCGACUUAUCAGUUUUUGAAGUGAAACUAAAGGAAGAGAUUGAUCUUGUAAGAUCUCAGAAUUUGGAGCUUUUGGAUGAGGCUGAUAAGUUGAAAGCUGAAAAGGCCAAGUUUGAAGCUGAGUGGGAGCUUCUUGAUGAAAAAAAAGUUGAGUUGCGAAAAGAAGCAGAAUUUAUAGAAAAUGAAAGGAAGGCGGUUUCCACUUUUAUUAAAAAUGAGCGUGACAAGCUAAGAGAAGAAAAAGAAAAUUUGCGUAAUCAGUACACCCAUGACUUGGGGUCACUUGCUAAUGAACGGGAAAAUUUCAUGAAGAAGAUGGCAGAUGAACAUGCUGAGUGGUUUGGCAAGAUGCAGCAGGAGCGAGCAGAUUUUCAGCGGGAUAUUGAGAUGCAAAAAAGGGAGCUGAAUAACCUCAUUGAGAAGAGGCGGGAAGAAGUUGAAAGCUAUUUGAAGGAAAGAGAAAAGGCUUUUGAGGAAGAGAAAGAUAGGGAACUCCGGUGUGUUGAUGCUCUUAAAGAGAAAGCAGCAAAAGAAUUGGAACAAGUUUCCUUGGAGAUGAAAAGGCUUCAAACUGAGCGUACUGAGAUAAGUUUGGAUCGUGAACUAAGAAACAAAGAAUGGGCUGAAUUAACUGACUGUAUUAAAGAACUCGAGGUUCAAAGAGAUAAACUACAAAAACAGAGAGAACUGUUGCAUGCUGAUAGAAUUAAAAUUUAUUCUCAGACUGAAGAACUGAAAAAGUUAGAAGACUCGAAAGUUGUCUCUGAUGAUCUUGCUAUUGUUGAAAUGCUGAAAUCUGAUAUGGAGUAUAACCUACAGAAAAUGUCUUCAAGGAAAAAUUUGAAGUAUCAGACUCCUACACAAGGCCGUCUGAGCAAGGACUUGGAUGUUGAUAGCAUCAGCAAUGAGUUAGGUACUCCAUUUGUGCAGAAUUCAUCAGGUGUUUCUACUCCUAGUGCGGCUCGAUUCUCAUGGCUAAAACGAUGCACAGAACUAAUAUUCCGAAAUUCUCCUGAUACGCCACUCAUGAAAAAAGAAAAUCUGCCCCUGCUUUCUGACAAAACUGAUGUUAGUAAUGGGCAAACACACUUGGAUAAUGACAAAUCACUUGGUAAUUUUAGCAAUGGACAGCAAAUGGAAUUUUCUUUUGGAGAACCAAAAGUAAUUGUUGAAGUACCAUCUCGAGAUGGAAAUGCUAGUAGAUCAAGUGAGUUCGAAUCUGUAACUAAAGAUGUUAAUGGGAAAACUGCUUUUUCAGAUGAACGCCAAAUGGGCAGAGGGAAAAGAGGCAGGGGGAACUUGAUUACUAAAGUUGGUGAUCCACUUGUAGAUGUUGUGCAGAAUAAGAAACCAAGAGCAGAACAAAUGGCCAAAAAUCCUUUAGAUCAGGGCACUACCUACUGUGUGCUUUCAACCCAGUCAGAUAUAUCAGAGAUUCAGCAGGCGUCAACGACUUCAAAUCAUAAACAAGGGAACACUGAAGAAACUCGUGUAGUAACGAUUGACAAGGUAAUUCAUGUUUCAGAAGUUAUUUCUGAGAAAGUUGAUACUAUCGGCAUUCCCAAUCAAGAACCUGGAGAUAGUUUGCAGAGUCCCACGAUGGGAGAGUGUCAAUAUAAACUUCACAGAGAAACUAAUGAUCAAUCAAAUUCUAGUGCAUUGGAAAACAAAGAAGGAAUAUGCAAAGAAAACAAUGAACAUAUUUCUUUCUGA